CGUUUUUAGCAGAGGAACUGACCUAGAAUUUUUCAGCUUAAACGUGAAUUGAUGAAUUUGCGUCAAGAACAGAGUUCCAUUAGCAUUUACUUCACAAAGCUGAAAACUAUAUGGGAAGAACUGAGUAAUUAUCGGCCUAAUUGUUCUUGUGGAAAGUGUUCUUGUGGUGGAGUUAAAAAUCUUAACAAUCAUCAUCAAAUGGAGUACAUAAUGUCCUUCUUAAUGGGACUUGAUGAUUCUUUCUCUCAAGUUCGUGGUCAGUUGCUUCUCAUGGAUCCGAUGCCUUCCAUUACUCGUGUUUUCUCUCUGAUUGUUCAAGAGGAACAACAAAGGAGGACUAAUUCUUCCUUUAAUUCGAGCAAUUCUACUGGCACACUGGCAUUUGCUGUGAAAACAGAUGUUGCUAAAUCCGGUGGAUCUGGUUCUCAAAAUUCUCAGAAUUUCACUUUCAGUGCUUCUAAGAAUCAGAAAAGAGACAGGCCUUAUUGCACACUAUCAGAAUAAUGAAGAUAGUAAGGAUUUGAAGGUUCUUCUUGCCCUUGCUGCCUCACAUAAUUG